CCGAUUUUUCCUAUUUAUCUGAAAAGAAAAUGAUUUAAAAUUCGAACAAAAGAGCAUCUAUUUCGAAAUCAAAUUGGAAAGUGCAAAGCAGAACAACGGAAAUGAGUUUAGAAGCAAUUGUAUUUAUUUACAUGAAUCCAAAGUGUGAAUGCAAUUUUAAAUGUCUUUGAGUCACAUUGGAACAGUGUGUUUUUGUACGUUCAUGGAACCUUUAAAUCUUGAUCAACGAUUGUCUAAAGUCUAAUCACUUGACAUGUGCAUGCUUCAAGAGAAAGAGAGAAAGAAGCGAGAGAGCGAGAGUUUCAGCUUUAGAAUUCAGAAGCAAGAGAGAAAAAAAAACGCCCGAAUCGAUGCUACGCAAAAAUAUGCUCUGAGGUUAAAAGUACUUUGCAAGCGUUACAUGUGAAGUGUUUUGUUUAUGUGCCCGUAUAUUUUACUGCUACCGCACACUUUACGAGUACAUCCAUACAAAAUGUUGACAAACGAAGCGAUUGAAGUGCGAAAAACAAAGCAUAAAUCGUCUGACUUAUCAAUGGAAUCGCGUCGAAUUUUGCCAUCUAUAAAUCAAUUGUGCUCACAUCCAUACACACCAACAGACACACACAUGCACGAAAGAAGAGCAUUUCAUUUUGUAUAUUGAACGCCACAAGCCAUGCAUAAUCUACAGCCACAUCUAAGUGUUGGACGCUUCGACUUUGAUUCAAUUACAUUGCACAGGGCGAUUAGCGUGUACAAUGUACAUACACACUCAGUCAUUGAGCCAAUAGCAAAUGGACAAAGCAACGGUAGAGGUUUUUUUGUGUGUUGUUUUAUUUUUGUGUCGAUAUCAUCUGUGUAUAGUGUAUGUGUACGCUGUUCUGUCAAGCUAUUAAAUUUGAUUACUCCAUCCUGGCCGAUUAGAUUAUCGAUGUUUGUGUACGAUUUCUCGUCGUUUUUCGACAACAUUUAAAUCGCGUUGUAACAUUUGCAAUACGUUCUGACCGCUGUGUGCAUUCCAGUUUGUGACAAAGUGUAGAUAUAAGUAUAUAAAAAUCAAAAGCAAAAUCAAAACAAUGCGGUUGAUGGAAAAACAGUGGAUUUUAUUUGUCAUUUUUCAAGCGUUGAUCAUAGCAUGUGUACAAUGUGAAAGGUAUCAAGUGAUAACGGUACAAGAGCCGGCAUACGAACCUACUUGGGAUUCACUUGAUUCAAGGCCAUUGCCAUCAUGGUAUGAUGACGCAAAAGUUGGCAUUUUCCUACAUUGGGGCGUCUACUCUGUACCCACAUUUGGCUCUGAAUGGUUUUGGAAGUAUUGGCGUGAUGAACACGUUCCGUCUUAUGUGGACUAUAUGACGAAGAACUUUAAACCAGGUUUUACUUAUCAAGAGUUUGCACCACAAUUCACCGCGGAACACUUCAACGCCGACGAAUGGUCCAAGUUAUUUGCGGAGAGUGGAGCCAAAUAUGUGGUUCUGACAAGCAAACAUCAUGAUGGGUAUGCCCUGUGGCCGUCCAAAUAUUCGUUCGGUUGGAAUUCCAUGGAUGUUGGCCCGCAUCGCGACUUGAUUGGUGAACUGUCCAACGCAAUCCGCACAAAUACAACGCUUAAAUUCGGACUGUAUCAUUCGUUUUACGAGUGGUUCAAUCCGAUGUUUCUGAGUGAUAAGCAAAAAGAAUUCAACGAUAAUCUGUUUGUUGUGAACAAAGUCAUGCCAGAAAUGAAAGAAAUCGUGAACAAUUACAAACCAGCAGUAUUUUGGUCAGAUGGCGACGAAGAGGCGUCAAGCGAAUACUGGGAUUCAACUGGUUUUCUUGCAUGGCUUUACAAUGAGAGUCCAGUCAGAAAUACUGUAGUCGUUAACGACCGUUGGGGAAAAGGUGCUGCAUGUAAACACGGCGGCUUUUACACAUGUGGCGAUCGAUACAAUCCAGGUGUUUUGCAAAAACACAAGUGGGAAAAUGCGAUGACGAUUGAUAAAAAAAGCUGGGGCUUUAGGGCCGAUGCGAAAAUCGAUGAUUUUCUAACAAAAGAAGAGUUAAUAAAAGAAAUCGUGAUCACUGUGAGCACAGGUGGAAAUAUUCUAGUGAAUGUUGGACCAACACAAAAUGGUUUGAUUCAACCGAUUUUCGUUGAACGCCUGCGGCAAAUGGGUAGCUGGCUUAAUAUAAACGAUGAGGCGAUCUAUGAAAGUCGUCCAUGGAUUUAUCAAAAUGACACAGAAACAACUGGUGUCUGGUACACAUGCAAAUCAGAACAAACAGACCGCACAACUGUGUAUGCAAUCGUAUUGGACUAUCCGUAUGAUUCAGCCGGCAAAAAUCUUUAUUCGCUUGGCGGCAAAUUCGAUGAAAAUACCAAGGCGAGAAUGUUAGGAUAUCCAAAAAAUCUUAAAUGGUAUGGUUCAGAGGAGUCAAUGUACAUUGAAUUUCCCAAUAAAGCACAAAUCGAUAAAUUGGGCCUGCAUUCAGCAUGGACAAUAGCAAUUAAUUUGCCGAAACGUUCUUAAUGCAACGGAACUUUCUACACUGACACUGCAGAAUUAAAUACUAGACUAAGAUUGAAUCGAAUGCUUGUGACUUGUAACUGGAAACAUUUCUUUAAAAAGCUGAAAAUAAAUUGAUGAGAAUUAUUUCUAAAACUAUCUAUUGCAAA